CGUGUGACGUCACGAGAUUCCAGGAGCUGCUUCUGUGCGCGCAAUUGUCUCGGAUCGGAGAAUCAAUCACAUGGAGAAGAGAGGUUCGGCAAAGGCUGGCAGUAAAAGGCACCAAUGCAUCCAGUGUCCAUACAGCACAUAUCAGAUGGGCAACUUGAAGAGACAUCAGAGAAAACACACUGGCCAGAAGCCCUUCAAGUGCUCUGUGUGUGGAAAGGCAUUUACACGAAUGAAUCGCAUGGAGAAGAGGCUCUCGACACCACCUGGUGAUAAAACGCACCGAUGUGACCAGUGUUUAUACAGCACGGAUCGCAUUGUACGUUUGAAGCAGCAACAGAGCAUACACAGGGCCGAGAAGCCCUUCAAGUGCAGUGUAUGUGGUAGGACAUUUGCAGAGUCAGCAUAUCUUAGGAAACAUAAUAGAACACAUACGGGCGAGAAGCCCUUCAAGUGCACUGUGUGUGGGAAGGCAUUUGCUCGUUCAGAAACUCUUCAUUUUCAUCAAAGAACACACACGGGUGAGAAGCCCUUCAAGUGCACUGUGUGUGGGAAGGCAUUUGCUCGUUCAGAAACUCUUCAUAUUCAUCAAAGAACACACACGGGUGAGAAGCCCUUCAAGUGCACUGUGUGUGGGAAGGCAUUUGCUCGUUCAGAAACUCUUCAUGUUCAUCAAAGAACACACACGGGUGAGAAGCCCUUCAAGUGCACUGUGUGUGGGAAGACAUUUGCUCAUUCAAAAAGUAUUCUAAUUCAUAAGAGAACACACACAGGUGAGAAGCCCUUCAAGUGCACUGUGUGUAGCAAGACAUUUGCUCAUUCAGAAACUCUUCAUAUUCAUCGGAGAACACAUAUCGGUGAGAGGCCCUUCAAGUGCACUGUGUGUAGGAAGACAUUUGCUCAUUCAGACAUUCUUCAUGUUCAUCAGCGAACACACACCGGUGAGAAACCCUUCAAGUGCAGUGUAUGUGGUAAGGCAUUUGCAGAGUCAGCAUAUCUUAAGAAACAUAAUAGAACACACACAGGCGAGAAGCCCUUCAAGUGCAGUGUAUGUGGUAAGGCAUUUGCCGAGUCAGCAAAUCUUAAGAAACAUAAUAGAACACACACAGGCGAGAAGCCCUUCAAGUGCACUGUGUGUAGCAAAACAUUUGCUCGUUCAUUAACUCUUCAUAUUCAUCAGAGAACACACACCGGUGAGAAGCCCUUCAAGUGCACUGUGUGUGGGAAGGAAUUUGCUCAUUCAAAAACUCUUCAUGUUCAUCAGAGAACACACCAAGUUCAUAAGUCCUACAAGUGCAUGGUGUGUGGGAAGGUAUUGGCUCAUUCAAAAUCUCUUAAGAAACAUAAGACAAUACAUUCAGGUGAGAGUCCUUUCAAGUGCAAUGUCUGUGGGAAGAAGUUUACAUUAUCAGGAAGCCUAAAGAGGCAUGAGAAGAUACAUAAGGAGAAAGUGAAAUCGACUUGUGAAAGUCAACAUGCUGCAAUGAGCCCAUCUCUCAUGAAACGAGAAUCAGAAGAAAUUUCCAACUUGGCAACACUGGCCAGGAGUGACAGUGAAAUGUGAAGAAGUUAAAUGUGAAGAAGUGACGGUGAAAUGUAAAGAUCAAGAUUCGACUCCAGCACCCAAUCUACAAGUGGAUGGAUGCAGCGUGAAGCAGGAGAAGAAUUCCGAUUCUGAGAGAGAGCGAGGCAAUCCCCAGCAGUUGAUGUGGAGGUGAAAUGUGAAGAUCAAGAUUCGACUCCAGCAUCCAAUCUACAAGUGGAUGGAUGCAGCGUGAAGCAGGAGAAGAAUUCCGAUUCUGAGGGAGAGCGAGGCAAUCCCCAGCAGUUUGUGGAUGUGGAGGUGUGGGUGGAGUUUUUGGACAAAGCUGAGUAGAAGGGGCAAGCACGUGUGAAAUGGCACCUUGGAAGAUGUGUAACCUGGAGUUUGAGACGAUUUUCCAUAGCAUUCGCCUUAUUCGCAGCCUUAUUCGCAGCCUUAUUCGCAGGCUUACGUCAUUUAAAGAAUGCAUAGGGUUUUAGGUGUCUUCCAAGCAGAGAUGGGCUUUCUGUCCAUACAGUGAGGGAAAAAAGUAUUUUAUCCCCUGCUGAUUUUGUACGUUUGCCCACCGACAAAGAAAUGAUCAGUCUAUCAUUUUAAUGGUAGGUUUAUUUGAACCGUGAGAGACAGAAUAACAACAACAAAAUCCAGAAAAACGCAUGUCAAAAAUGUUAUAAAUUGAUUUGCAUUUUAAUGAGGGAAAUAAGUAUUUGACCCCUCUGCAAAACAUGACUUAGUAAUUGGUGGCAAAACCCUUGUUGGCAAUCACAGAGGUCAGACGUUUCUUGUAGUUGGCCACCAGGUUUGCACACAUCUCUGGAGGGAUUUUGUCCCACUCCUCUGUGCAGAUCUUCUCCAAGUCAUUAAGGUUUCGAGGCUGACGUUUGGCAACUCGAACCUUCAGCUCCCUCCACAGAUUUUCUAUGGGAUUAAGGUCUGGAGACUGGCUAGGCCACUCCAGGACCUUAAUGUGCUUCUUCUUGAGCCACUCCUUUGUUGCUUUGGCCGUGUGUUUUGAGUCAUUGUCAUGCUGGAAUACCCAUCUACGACCCAUUUUCAAUGCCCUGGCUGAGGAAAGGAGGUUCUCACCCAAGAUUUUACGGUACAUGGCCCCGUCCAUUGUCCCUUUGAUGCGGUGAAGUUGUCCUGGCCCCUUAGCAGAAAAACACCCCCAAAGCAUAAUGUUUCCACCUCCAUGUUUGACGGUGGGGAUGGUGUUCUUGGUGUCAUAGGCAGCAUUCCUCCUCCAAACACGGCGAGUUGAAUUGAUGCCAAAGAGCUCCAUUUUGGUCUCAUCUGGCCACAACACUUUCACCCAGUUGUCCUCUGAAUCAUUCAGAUGUUCAUUGGCAAACUUCACACGGGCAUGUGUAUGUGUUUACUUGAGCAGGGGAACCUUGCGGGCGCUGCAGGAUUUCAAUCCUUCAUGGUGUAGUGUGUUACCAACUGUUUUGUUGGUGAUUAUGGUCCCAGCUGCCUUGAGAUCAUUGACAAGAUCCUCCCGUGUAGUUCUGGGCUGAUUCCUCACCGUUCUCAUGAUCAUUGCAACUCCACGAGGUGAGAUCUUGCAUGGAGCCCCAGGCCGAGGGAGAUUGACAGUUCUUUUGUGUUUCUUCCAUUUGCGAAUAAUGGCACCAACUAUUGUCACCUCACCAAGCUGCUUGGCGAUGGGUUUGUAGCCCAUUCCAGCCUUGUGUAGGUCUACAAUCUUGUCCCUGACAUGCUUGGAGAGCUCUUUGGUCUUGGCCAUGGUGGAGAGUUUGGAAUCUGAUUUAUUGCUUCUGUGAACAGGUGUCUUUUAUACAGGUGUAGAGGUGUAAUUGUAAAGAUGUAUGGGCACGGAUGGGUAACAAACACAAGGGGCGUGGUUAGGGCCGUACACAGAGGAGGUGCUCACACCGACGUCCGCACCUGCAUCCCCCACGGGCCCCUCCUGGGGGCCGAGUGCUAUAAAAGGUGGUGAGCCGGAGGGCUCGAGGUCGAGUGUUAGCUUAAACCAGCGAAGAAUGAAGACCAGCUAGAAUAGGCCCCGGAGCUCCCCUGGCUCGCUGUCCUUGUCAGGACCGACCAGGGCAAGCCGGUGGUGUGGCCCCGAGAGCCCAGACUGACGUUCUUAUAAGAGCCGGUCUGGAGACUCAGGGUGCCGGGAUCCCAGCUUGACCAGGGCUGGGAUAGGUAGCCUCCCCUAGCUCCGUAGUGGAGGACUCGGGCGUAGGUUAGCGGGGUUAGACGUGGUGUCUCCCUGUUAGACUGAGUGAAGGGGACGAUACCCCUUCAAGUGCUGUGUAUUCCCGUUACUGUACACAAGUUGGUGUUAAUAAAUAAGUGUGCCUCCAACCACGUCGUCCAAGCCUCCUGCAACUUACUACAUCUGGGGUCAGAAGUGAUCGUGCAACAAUGGCCACAUGAGGGACGACGCGUACCAGGGAGCCGGAGAUGGAGGACACCUCGGCCGACUCGGCACCAGAGAUGGCCGAGGUCGGAUCCGAGCAGCCGGGGCCCGAGUACACCCGCGCCGCUACGACAGGAAGGGUGGGGUGCGUCGGCCGAGGGACUUCGGCUGGCUCACUCCCGCCUGGUGGAGCUGCUCUACACUGCGGCCGCCACGUUGGAGGAGAUCACGCGGCUGGGGGCUGGAGAGGCUGCGCGGGACGACGACAGGCAGCCGACGCGCAGUGCCGUUUCCCGCCACCCCGACGCGGCUCGCAGUCAAAUUUCCCGCCAUCGCUAUAGUGAGAGCAGAGGGUGGGGCCGGCCCGCGUCAGGUGACCGCCAAGGGCCAAGCAGAAGCCGUGACAUCAUCAACACCGGCCAGCGCGUCGACAACGGAGCGACCGGCGAUGCCAUACGCGCAGCCCGCCCCCACUGUACCGAGUGCCGGGAACGACGGAGCGCGAUCCACAACCACGGACGUCGCGUUACAGCAGCGACUGCCGCCUCUCAAAGAGUUUGUGGGCGCGGACGGGGACUGGGGUGGCUUCAAGAGACGGUUCCUAGCUCAUCAGGAGAUGGCGAACUGGACGGACGGCGAAGCACUACGUGCGCUGCCGGCGAUGCUGGACAACGACGCCCUGGCUACCCUCACCUCGGCGCCUAAGGAAAAGCGCGCCACGCUGCACUUGGCGCUGCAGCUGCUGUCCGCUGUCUACGGCCCGCCUUCGGACUGCAGGCAGCUGUUCCACGAUCGCCAUCGGGGUGCCAACGAAUCGCCUCUGGCUUUCCGGACGGCUCUCCUGGCCCUGGCGAAGGCAGCUUUUCCACGGAUGGACGAGGAGGGAGUGGACGCUAUGGUGGCGGAAAAGCUGUUACUACUCGCGGACGAGCUGGACGUCGCCAUCUUGACUCAAGAUGACAGAGAUGUCUUCCUUGCUGAUCGCGCGCCACAUCCACGGGGGCUUGCGGUCCCUGCGUCGCAAGGCCGCCAAGGGGGUGGCCGGCCAUGCCAUGGCGGCUCCCACCCUCCCAUCGGAGGAGGUCUGCGGGGUGAAGUGGCGGGGGGAAUGGAGAUCUGCGGGACCACAGGCUCGGAACGGACCGAGCCGCCAGGAGCAGCCCAGGCCAUCUGGGGCGCUCGCACGCUGCUACAACUAUGGCCUUCAAGGCCACGUGGCUUCAGGAUGCCGGGCUCCUCGUCAGCGCGGGGCAACACCUCGUCAGGACGCCGCGCCGCCUCCACCCAAGCUCCAGCAGAGAAAUACGGCGAGUCGUGGCACCUCACACGUUUGGCCCGUGCACACAUCUGUCACACACUCACUCGCUGAAACAAACAGGGCUCGAA